AUGGUGGUACAAGAUCAGGAUCAAGGCCAGCAUUGCAAGUUGGAAGAUUUACCUUCACAAAAAAUAUAUAACCAUUUCAAGAAUGAUGGAAAUGAAUGUAAGGAUAGUGCCUCUAAGGUAACAGAAAUAAGGAACAUCUUGGAAGAUAAAUUAGGGCAUAACAUCAAACAUGAAGUAAGAAAAUAUGCUGAAAAAAUUACAGGAGCUUGGUGUCUUUUAUCUAAAGUGAAAACAGAGGAGGAACCAUCACCACCCCCACCCCCACCGUGUAAGGUGGGGGUGCUGUGUGAUUUCUUUUAUUAUUGGUUAGGGGAUAAAUUAAAUAACAAUUUGAGCUUCGGUACUUCACUUCAGGACAUUAUGCAGAAAAUAUACGCUAAAUUGGAAAGGUUCAACGAGCUGUGUACAAACAACAGUGUACACAUAAAUAUGGACAAGGAAUUUGAACCUCGUCGAAAAGCCAUAUUCGAUUAUUACUACGAUUACCGAACCAUAUGGAAGAACCUACGGGAGAGUGGCAGUAAUUCUUGUAAUGGAGCAUAUGACACCUACCUAAAAGGCGAUAAGGGAGUUGGUGGUGUUGGUGGGGCUGACGACGCUUAUAAUCAAGUAGAAGCAAGCUGUCCCGAUGAUGGGGGUGAUGAUUACUUCUGUACAGAAUUCUGGAAGAAGAAGUUCAAAAAUGAGAGCAACCCUAUCCCAAAACCGGGGGAUCUAGUGUCUAAAGCUGCGGGAGGGGCGGAGCUUCCGUCAAAUGGAGAAGAUGAUGCAAAUCUCCUUUCCUGUUUGGAAGUGUUGUCUUCCAAAGUUGCUACAAUGCGGAAAGAAGCGUUAUCCCACCUAUCACCAUCAUCACAGGAGGGUGAUGGUGGUGGAAGUGGUGUUGCCCCAAUUGUCUCCUCCAUAAUAGGUACACUAAUUGGAAUACCUGCGUUAGGUGCUCUUUUUUUAUAUAAGUAUAAUCUUUUACCUUCCUGGCUCCACAACCACUUUGGAAACAACAACAACAGUGGUGGAAGAACAAACACAAGAAAGAGAAGAUCCACUGAACAUCAUCACUAUGACACACUAACAGACGAAUCUACUGAAUACACCACAGAUUAUUCCACAACAACAAAUUCCAUAACCGAUUCCAUGACAGAAUAUUCUGCUCCAUCAUCCACAAGAAGAACAAAUAAUAGGAACGGACAGAAAAAUAUACGUUAUCAAAGUGUGUGA